AUGGAUGAUGAUAGUGGAGAACUUUUUGUCAAGAACAUCCUGCGAAUCCUUAAUCAGAGAGGUAUAUGUCCCGCCUUUACAGCAAAAAUUGCCAAAAUGGUGUUUUUUGAUGACUUCUUAAAUGUGCAAGCAAACUGGAAUAAAACAUUUGUGGAUCUUAUAGAAAAGAAAGCCAAUGUUAUUGUAGUCCAUGGGGAAACUAAGACCAUGUUAUGUUUGAGAAUGUUGUUGCGUGGAGGAGAAAAUGAUUCGGAUAAAGUGUUCGGUAAAGUAUGGAUUAUGGUGGCCCAGUUGGAUUUUGCUGCUUUGGCCAUUCAUAAAGAUUGGGAUAUAGAAACCUUCCAUGGUGCCUUAGCCUUCACAACCCACUCACAUGAGGUGCCAGGAUUCCAAUAUUUCCUUCAGAAUUUAAGGCCUCAUUUAGACCAUGGAGAUGGCUUCAUCCAAACAUUCUGGGAGCAAGCAUUUGGCUGUUCAUUUGCAAAUUCUGGUUCUAAUGAGGAAGAUGUAAAAUCAUGCACCGGGGAAGAGAAGUUGGAGAGCGUUCCUGGGCCUUUCUUUGAAAUGAGCAUGACUGGCCAUAGCUACAUGAUCUAUAAUACUGCACAUAUUUUGGCAAAUUCUGUACAUGCCAUGCACUCAUCCAAAUCCAUGUUCAAAGUAAUGGCAGCCAGAAAGAGGCUGGAGCAUAAUUAUAUGCAUCCGUGGCAGCUCCAUCAUAUUCUGAGGAACUUCUCAUUUAACAACAGCGCUGGUGAGACAGUGUUUUUGAAUGAGAAUGGGGAGUUUACAACAUGGUUUGAUAUUAUAAAUGUGAUUACUUUCCCCAAUAACUCCUUUGCCAGAGUGAAAGUUGGAAGGAUGAAUCCUUGGACUCUUUCAGGCAAAGAUUUCAGCAUUGAUGAGGAUGCCAUUAUAUGGCCCAGAAGCUUUAACCAGGUGAUACCCCUUUCUCUCUGCAAUGAUGUCUGCCAUCCUGGUAAUCAGAAGAAAAAGGUGGAAGGGAAGCCAUUUUGCUGCUAUGAUUGUGCUCUGUGUCCAAAAGGGAAGAUUUCUCAACAAGCAGACCACUUGGGGAUGAGCUUAGGCAUUUCCACACUUGCCUUUUCUUUGAUCUCAUCCCUGGUGCUAGGAGUCUUUAUAAUGCAUCACAACACUCCUAUUGUCAAAGCCAAUAACCGGAACCUCACCUACACUCUCCUCAUCUCCCUCGAGCUGUGCUUCCCUUGUGCUUUGUUGUUCAUUGGCCGACCAGAGAAGGCGAUGUGUCUCCUCCAACAAAUUGCAUUUGGCAUGGUCUUCUCACUGGCUGUGUCUUGUGUGUUAGCAAAAACCAUCACUGUGGUUCUGGCUUUCAUGGCCACCAAGCCUGGAAGCAGCAUGAGGAAGUGGAUGGGGAAAACAGUGGCCAACUCCAUUAUUGUUUUGUGCUCACUUGUUCAAGCAAGCAUUUCAGCUGUGUGGUUGGCUACCUCUCCCCCUUUCCCAGACAGUGACAUGAACUCAGUGGCUGAAGAAAUUGUACUGAAAUGUAAUGAGGGAUCCGUAACUAUGUUUUAUUUUGUCCUUGGCUAUAUGGGCUUGCUGGCUUUUGUCAGCUUCAUUGUGGCUUUCCAGGCCAGGAAGUUACCUGACUCUUUUAAUGAAGCUAAGUUCAUCACUUUCAGCAUGCUGGUGUUUUGUAGUGUUUGGUUAUCCUUUGUUCCAAGCUACCUGAGCAGCAAGGGGAGAUACAUGGUAGCUGUGGAGAUCUUUUCUAUAUUAGCCUCCAGUGCUGGGCUGCUGUGUUUCAUCUUCUUCCCUAAAUGUUAUGUUAUUGUGCUGAGGCCUGAGCUGAACAAAAGAGAGCAGCUAUUAAAGAGAAAAAAAUGA